AUGGGGCGGCGGGGUCUCUCGCCGCUCCUGCUGGUGCUCCUGGACUGCUGGGCCUCCGUGAGCGCCCAGGCCGGGACCACCCUGGCGGGGACAACCGAGGGCCUCAACUCUACGGAGCCAGCCCCGACGACUCCUGGACCUGCCUCGUCUGCUAGGCCCCCCGGUAGCCCCAGGGCCCCAGGACCCUCCUCCGGGCCCAGGCCCACCCCGGUCACGGACGUUGCUGCUUUGUGUGUCUGUGACCUGUCUCCAGCACAGUGUGACAUCAACUGCUGUUGUGAUCCCGAUUGCAGCUCCAUGGAUUUCAGUGUCUUUUCUGAUUGCUCAAUUCCAGUUGUCACGGGUGAUAGUCAGUUUUGUAGCCAAAAAGCAGCCAUCUAUUCAUUGAAUUUUACAGCAAACCCACCUCAGAGAGUAUUUCAAGUUGUCGACCAGAUCAAUCCAUCUAUUUUCUGCAUUCAUAUUACAAACUAUAAACCUGCAUUAUCCUUUCUUAAUCCAGAAGUGCCUGAUGAAAACAAUUUUGAUAAAUUGAUGAAAACAUUUGAUGGUUUUUCAUUGAAUGCAGAAUCAGAUGUUUCUUUAGCAAAUGAAUCAGAUCCUCCAAAUACUACUAAAUAUGAGUACGGGGCUCUUCUGCAGACUUCAGACUCCUUUUUGAGAUUUCCCUCUCCCCUCACGUCAUCUCUGUGCACCGACAGUAACCCUGCAGCAUUUUUGGUGAACCAAGCUGUGAAGUGUACCAGAAGGGUACGUCUGGAACAGUGUGAAGAAAUGGAAGUCCUGAGCAUGGCUCAUUACAGCAGCCCUGAAAUUUUGAGGGUACCUAAUUCAAAAACAAAGGUCCCUAUUGCUGUGCAGUCCAUCGUCACUCAGUCUCUGAAUAAAACGUUUACCCGGCUGGAAGACGCAGGCGUGUUGGAGCCGGCUCUGGUCGCGGCUGGGGCUGCGAGAGUCUGCACUAACGUCGUUCUCGAGGUCAAGUACAGCCUUACGUACACGGAUGCAGGGGAGAUCACGAGAGCGGAGCUGUCUCUCCUUCUGGGGACCGUCAGCGGUGCGGAGCUUCCCCUCCAGCAGGGGUUUGAAAUUCGCUUUACCCAGCAAAACACAAAGCCAGUUCCCCUCAGCGGAAACCCUGGUUACGUGGUGGGGCUCCCGCUGGCCGCCGGACUUCAACCGCACAGAGGGUCUGGGAUUGUUCAGACCACAAACAGAUAUGGACAAUUUACUGUUCUGCGCAGCACAACUGAGCAAGACUGCUUAGCACUAGAGGGGAUCCGGACCCCAGUAUUAUUUGGUUACAAUAUGCAAUCUGGCUGUAAACUAAGACUGACCAGGGCUAGCCCGUGUCCGCUUAUUGUGGAGAAGGUGAAGAGCCUGUUGAAGGGCCAGGGCUUCCCAGAUUAUGUGGCCCCUUUUGGAAAUUCCCAGGCCCAGGAUGUGCUGGACUGGGUGCCUGUCCACUUUGUCACCCAGGUGUCCCACAUGAAGGACUCUUGCCAGCUCCCGGUGGCUUUGGUUAUAGAAGUGAAGUGGACUAAAUAUGGAUCCUUACUGAACCCACAGGCUAAAAUAGUCAACGUAACUGCGAAUCUACUUUCCUCCUCAUUUCCUGAGACCAGCUCAGGAAGUGAAAGGACGGUUCUUAUUUCCACUGCGGUCACUUUUGUGGAUGUGUCUGCACCUGCACAGGCGGGCUUCAGGGCUCAGCCAGCCGUCAGUGCCAAGCUGCCCUUUAAUUUCUUCUUCCCGUUUGUUUGACAGUGCUCCGAUGAAAGGGUGCCUCGGG